CACAGCCCCUCCCCCACCCGUCAUUUUCCUCCGGCCCCUCCCCCUCUGUAUAAACCCUGCUCUCCUCCACAGCUAACUGCCACGAGGAAGAAGCCAUGGAGAUCACGUUCACCGGCAAGCGCGCGCUCGUGACGGGAGCCGGAAAGGGCAUCGGGCGAGCCACAGCUCUGGCUUUAGCGCGCGUGGGAGCGGAAGUUAUAGCUGUCACGCGCACACAGGCCGACCUGGACACGCUCGUGCAGGAGUGUUCUUCCAUUAAGCCCGUGUGUGUGGAGUUGGCGGAUUGGGAUGCUACAGAGCGCGCUCUGAAAGACGUGGGUCCUGUCGACCUGCUGGUGAACAAUGCGGGCUGCGCCAGGCUGGAGUCCUUCCUCGAGAUCACGGAGGAAAGCUUUGACGUGUCUUUCAGCGUCAACGUGAAAGCAGCCCUACAUGUCGCUCAAAUUGUGGCCAAAGGAAUGAAAGCCAGGGGAACUGGUGGCUCCAUCGUGAACAUCUCCAGCCAAGCUUCACAGCGUGCCUUUAAAGACCAUGCCGUGUACUGUGCAACCAAAGGAGCUCUGGACAUGCUGACCAAAGUGAUGGCUCUGGAGCUAGCGCCAUACAAGAUCCGAGUGAAUUCUGUAAACCCAACUGUGGUGUUGACCGAUAUGGCAAAAAUAGGAUGGAGUGACCCCGUAAGAGCCAACGGCAUGAUCUCACGAAUCCCGAUGGGCAAAUUUGCGGAAGUGGAGGAUGUGGUCAAUGCCAUCCUGUUUCUGCUCUGUGACAAGAGCGCCAUGACUAACGGAGCGUUCCUGCCGAUCGACGGAGGAUUCCUGGUCGCUUAAGUUGGAGUCGUCUAUGGGAAUCUCCUGGAUGAUUGACAGGGCUUGAAGGGGAAAAUAGGGAAGGAAGUGGAUAUCAACACUACAGUGUACUCCACGUGUGUACUCAUUGGUUUUUGAAGCUGCUACACGUCUUCUUGACACGUGAUAUUAAUUCCCAGUCGAGGUUUUGGACGUAAAUGUCAUACAUCGUCACGUCCUGCCAGAAAACAUUGUAUUGUAGGGAGGUGAAAGAUUUUAAUCUUUCUAUACUAUUGAGUAAUCAGUGUAUAUGAAUUGUGUAAUGGAGGAACCUAAAGUCUCAAAUAAAUGCACUGGAUUCAAUUCA